AGUUUUCUUACUGGCAAUCUGAAUUCUGCUCAUUUACCUGAGAGGAGGAUUCCAGAUUAAAAUAGCUUUGAAACACUGCACUGCAGGCACACCAAGUCAGUGGCCAUGGUGCAGUUGGGGAAACUAGGAGCUCCUUUCUGGCGAUGAAUCCUAAUGAGUUACCCAAGAUGCUAGAGUGUGUGCUAGCACAUGUGUUUUCCUUCCCUGCCCUCUUUUCUUUCUUUUCCCUAAACCCCUUCUCCCUGCUUCCCCUCCUACUCCUUUAUCCCCUCCCUCUGUGCCUUAGUUCUGCAGCGCCGCAAGCUGAAGCACAUUCCUGCGUUGCAAGGCUUUCUGUUAAGGAUGUAUUGUGGCUUUUGUUCGGAUUUCAGCGUGCAGAAUUACAGCUGUUCAGAGGAGACUCAUUACAACUCCUGCUGAAGCUCCUAAUCUUCCUCCCUCUGCCCCUCCCCCACCCUCACUUGGCCUGAAGACACUGUCCCCAGUUUGCCUUACUCCCUUGGUGCUAUGUGCAUGGUGAACCUGGCAGUAUGGCUGCGUCUGGGGCUGUCCAGACAAGUGCUGUUGGUUCUCCCUAUUCCAGGAAGAAUUUAAAGGGAAAUUGCACAGCAGGCAAUGCACUACAGCAGCAGCACCAGGAAUCUGGUGACUAGGGCUCCCUGGCAUUGUCACACAUGCAAAGCUGACUGCGGUGACUGUAGCUGCUCCUAGGAACUGUGACAACAGCCAGGUGGCAGCAUGAAGUGAGAGCCUGAGCACGAGAUGAACUCCACCCUGGAUGGUAAUCAGAGCAGCCAUCCUUUCUGUCUCCUGGCACUGGGCUACUUGGAAACAGUCAGGUUCUGUCUUUUGGAAGUGCUGAUUAUUGUCUUUCUAACUGUAUUGAUUAUUUCUGGCAACAUCAUUGUGAUCUUUGUGUUUCACUGUGCACCUCUGUUGAACCAUCACACCACAAGUUAUUUUAUCCAGACAAUGGCAUAUGCUGAUCUCUUGGUUGGGGUAAGCUGUCUGGUCCCUUCCUUAUCACUCCUUCACUACCCUCUUCUGAUGGAGGAGGCCACGACUUGUCAACUAUUUGGUUUUGUAGUGUCGGUUCUGAAGAGCGUCUCUAUGGCUUCUCUGGCCUGUAUCAGCAUUGACAGAUAUAUUGCCAUCACUAAGCCUUUGACCUAUAACACCCUGGUUACUCCCUGGAGACUACGCCUCUGUAUUUUCCUGAUUUGGCUAUAUUCUACCCUGGUCUUCCUGCCCUCCUUCUUCCACUGGGGCAAACCUGGGUACCAUGGAGAUGUGUUUCAGUGGUGUGCAGAGUCCUGGCACACCAGCCCCCACUUCACGUUGUUCAUCGUGAUGGUGCUGUAUGCCCCAGCUGCCCUCACUGUCUGCUUCACGUAUUUCAACAUCUUCCGCAUCUGCCAACAGCACACAAAAGAAAUCAGCAAAAGACAAGCCCGAUUCAGCAGCCAGAAUGGAGAGACUGGGGAAACCCAGACCUGUCCAGAUAAGCGCUAUGCCAUGGUCCUAUUCAGAAUCACGAGUGUGUUUUAUGUCCUCUGGCUGCCAUACAUCAUCUACUUGUUGCUGGAGAGCUCCACUGGCUGCAGCAGCCGCCUUGCAUCCUUCCUGACUACCUGGCUUGCUAUUAGUAACAGUUUCUGCAACUGUAUCAUUUACAGUCUCUCCAACAGUGUUUUCCAACGAGGACUAAAGGGCCUCUCAGGGUCUGUGUGUACUUCUUGUGCAAGUCACACCACAGCCAAGGACCCUUACACAGUUAGGAGCAAAGAACCCCCUAAUGGAUGUCGUAUCUGAGGGGCUCACAUACUCAGCCAUUCUGUUUGCAAGGAGAAAGAGUGGCUUUACUGCUGCUUUUCCCUUCCAUCUUUGUGCUCCCAGUUUACUAGAGAUCUAGGACAGAAUGAUUUGACUCCGAGCAGAUGCAGACUAUCCAGAUACCUUCUAAGUUUGCAGAAGUUGUUUCCUAAAUGAGAUUUAAAAUUAGAAGAAUGAGGACCAUGAAGAAAUCACACUUGAUCCAGUUUUUGAAAUGUCAUGGAAGUGACUACAGUUCUCAGAUUGAGAAGGAAUAAAGCCACAGCUGACACCUCCCAGCUGGGGUGGCUGAGCCUGGGUGUGAAAAGUGUCAACGCUUAAAAAUAAUUGUUUUCUUGUCCCUUUCUGGAUUCUUCCAAACAAUUUGGAAUUUAUGUGCAAUUGGUAUCUUGUAACAGGGAAUAUUAAAAUAUACUGAAGUAACAGAUUU